GAGGGGCCCAUGGCCGAGGGUUUCGUCACAAACCGGGGACGCCUCCGGGUGGGCCCUCAACCGGCGCCUCCACCCAGCCGAACCUUCUAGAAAUAAUAGGGCUCUGAGUGCAACUACCUGGCGGCCGUGGCUUUGGCGUGAGGCCAGGAUCACCCGCCCCACCUCGCACGCAGCAAGAACCCAUGAUUAGUGGGUUGGGCGACCCGAUGGAAGGAUCACAGAAUGGAGGGGGAGGUCAGUUUAGAUUCUGUCUAUCAAGCUGUUCAAGCUUUAUACCAUCAUCCAGAUCCACAGGGUAAAGAGAGAGCUUCAGCCUGGCUGGGUGAAUUCCAAAAGUCGAUGUUCUCAUGGCAGAUAUCCGACCAGCUGUUGAGACUCCAGCGUGACAUCGAGUCGUGCUACUUCGCUGCCCAGACUAUGAAGAUGAAAAUCCAGUAUUCAUUUUACGAGCUGCCCCCUGAGAUGCACUCGUCACUUCGUGAUUCACUGCUCACACAUCUGGAGAGCCUGAAGGACUUGUCCCAGGCCAUUGUCACACAGCUGGCUCUCGCUGUUGCAGACCUUGCCAUACAGAUGACAUCGUGGAAGAGCUGUGUCCAGACACUAAUUGAGAAGUAUGGCAAUGAUGAAUCUGCUCUACCAUUCUUGCUGGAGAUUCUAACUGUCCUCCCGGAGGAGGUGCAUAGUCGCUCACUGCGAAUUGGUACUAAUCGAAGGACGGAGGUCAUUGAGGACUUGGCGUACCAUGCCAGCCUGGUGAUCGGCUUAUUGACAGCCUACAUGGAACGUUGCAGCCAUGAUGAGAAGUUGGUGAUAAAGGUUUUCCGAUGUCUGAUGAGCUGGAUUAAUCUAGGCAUCUUGCAUACCGACCACAUCGCCAACAGCCAGCUGCUGGUAGCCCUUUUCCAGGUCCUUAGGCACAACCAGACGUCCUCAAAUCUGCAUGAGGUGGCUAGUGAUUGUGUCUGUGCUGCCCUCUAUGCUGUUGAAGGCUUGCAGGAGAGUCUACGCCUGGCACUGCAGUUGCAAGAAGGAGUGUUGGCACUUGAGGACGCUUACCACAAUGCAGUUGCCUGUGAGGAUAUGGACAAGUAA